AUGCCUCACGCAACAGCAACCGUAAACGGCGUUCUCGUCGCCGAAACAGACUCGUAUGAAGUCGUUGACGGAAACAUCUAUUUCCCACCAAGCGCCAUAAAAGAAUCCCACUUCACCCCUACAAGCACAAAAACGCACUGCCCUUACAAGGGAGAAGCAAGCUACUACACCAUCACGACCAACAAGACCGAGGUCAAGGAUGCAGCAUGGUACUACCCAGAGCCGCUCGAGAGCAUGAACAAGAUCAAGGGAUAUGUCGCUUUUUACAAGCGCAUGGCGGAUAUCAAGACAGAAUAA